AUGUCAGACAAUGAGCAUCUUAUUGAAAACUUGGCAGGCUUGCUCAGAGAAACAAGAGAAAACUUUGACAUUGAACCUGAUGUGAAUUCGGUGAUGAGUUUUAAUGAGGGAAUAGAUCAAAUAGAUACGCGAACUAAAAACUUGCUCUCAGAAGGAAAGUCAAAAAAUAGUGACUUAAUCAACCAAAUAGAAUCACAGACAUCACACUUGGAUCAAUUGAGUAAGGAACUUAUCCAAACUAAGGAAGAAUCCAAGAAUUUCAAAAGCAAAGAUCAAUUAAUUGAUUUUGUUAAGGAAUUAGACCAACUUGAAAACACAAUUGUUACCAUGAGAGGUGAGUUGGAUACGAGAAUUGUACAGCUGGUAUCUAAUGACGAGAAUUUUCCUAUGAAUCCUGGUUCGUUGGAUACGAAUAAAACAAGCAAAUCGCCUAGAGGGAAUAUCCUUUCUCAGGAAGAAGAAGAGAUCUUUAAUGACCCAAUUGCUAGAGCAAAUAUUUUAAGAUUAAAACUUUACAAAUCUAUGGGGGUUAUAUUGGAUAUUGAGAACAAUCAAGUUCUUAUUAACGGACAAAACAAUAAAAUUGACACAUUGCCAUUGGACGAUGAUCUAAGUGAAUAUUUUAAGACCAAAUACAUAUGGGAAAGAAUUAAGCAAAGCAAAAAAUGA